AUGGCGAUGAAAGGCACAGCUCUCGGUGUCAUGGAUGCGCCGGUGAAGCGUACAGCCACUCACUUGUUACUUGCUGGGAAGAAGCAUGCGCCGAAACCCAGGGUCCCGAAGAAGAGCUCCACCCCAGAAAAGCGGAAACGUCCAAAAAUUGAACCAACGGUGGAAGCCCUCGAGCGACGGAAGAAGGCUAAGGCCUCUCGCGAUGCUGCGAAGGCAAAAGCGGCCGCUCGGAUUAUCGUUGGGGUUGAUUUCGGCACGACGUACUCAGGUGUUGCGUUUGUGACGAGCACAAAGACUUUCAAAGACGUUGAAGUCAUCCAAGAUUGGCCUGGUGGUCUUGCCGGUAUUGCUCAAAAAGUCCCAAGUCUGAUUGCGUAUGCCGAAGAAAACCACGAUAUCGGCGACGAGGAUCGGUGGGGCUACGACGUCGAUAGCGGACUCCUCAGCUGUUCUUGGUUCAAAUUGCUGCUCGAUGAGAACACCCAGAAGACGGAGUUCGACGAUCCGUUGCUCCAAGAGGCUGUGGGUAAGUCGCUGAUGCGGAUCAAGCCUGGGAAGGAUGCCAAAGAUGUGACGACCGACUUUCUACGCCUUCUUCAUGAUUAUGUCAUGUCGCAAAUGCAGAAAGUAAUCGGCAAAACUGCAAUGCAGCAGACGGCCUUUCGCUUCCAGUUCACUUUGCCGGCCGUAUGGUCUCUUCACGCUCGUGAAUCGACUUUAGCCGCCGCCAGAGAAGCUGGGUUCGCCAGCAGGGAGAGUGACGAGCUGUUUUUCACAGAGGAACCCGAGGCGGCCUUCUUGUGGACCAUCAAAUCAACCGAGGAUAAGUUUACGACCAGUUCCUUCCAGAACUCAUGUGUGAUGGUGGUGGAUAUGGGUGGUGGUACAGUGGACUUGGUUACUUACCGUAUCAUCAAACUACAGCCGCUCCAGCUGGAAGAAGCAUGCGUUGGCCAAGGUGCAAAGAUAGGUGGUACAGCGAUCGACCGCGCUCUCCAUGAAUUAAUGCUCAAGCGCUUCGAUGCUGCGUUCAUGAAUCUCCCCAGCGAGAAGAAGGGCGCAGGAAGCACUUUCCUAAAGAGUUUUGAAGUCGUUAAGCGUAACUUCAAGGGAAAGGAUAAGAGUAGAAAGGUCUUACGGGUCCCUCUUAAGAUGAAUAAGGUGGACAUGGAUAGUGAUGUUGUUCGUCAGUACUAUGACUCAGAUGAAGACAUGGUCGAGCUGACUAGCGACGACGUCGAAUCCAUGUUCGAACCAGUUCUGCAGAAUAGCUUCGAUCUGGUCCGAAGACAGGCUAAAAGAGCGAAAAAGGCCCGCAGCCCUCCCAUCCGGACGGUUGUUAUAUGUGGUGGGCUCGGCUGCUCUCCUUACGUAUACGAUCGAUUCAAAGGCUUUGUUAGCAAUGAAUUUGGUGAGGGGGAAGUCGAGCUCGUCAGUCCACUUGAGCCUUGGUCUGCCGUCGCAAGAGGCGCUGUGCUUUCAGCACUUGAAAAGAACCCCGUCAUGUUCAGGAGGGCGCGAGAUUGGAUUGGUUGCUGCGUACAUACCAAGUUCAAGGCGGGAUUCCACAGAACAGAAGACCAGUUCGAAUGUCCUAUCCGAGGACUAAGAGCGGCAAACCAGAUGAAGUGGAUAUAUAAGAGGGGAGACAAGCUGUCGGAAAAUAUGAAGAAGAAGCUUGAGCUUUAUGCGAUCGUGGAGAACGCCCAGAAGGAGAUUGAGGAAGUGUGCCUUGAGCAAGUCUUAUAUAAAUGCCCGUUGAAGAAUGCUCCUACUCGUCUGGAUGAAAACCAUGUCUUUACCAUUGGGAACCUGAAAGUCGAUUUGACUGCGCAUGCUCGAGCGGAGCGUGCCAAGCAGAUCGAAGAAAAUGGCGAGUCUCCGAGAGUCCUGGUGUUUAAAGUCAUCAUCGAACUCGUCGUGUCGAGCAUCAAGGGUAUCUUAGAGGCGUCCGCCAAAAUAGGUAACAAGAAGGUCGGAAGGACGAGGGUUGAAUAUGUCUCAGACCCAACUUGGCGUCAAACAACCAUCAUAGAUGAUGAAGACGCUCAAAGAGACGAUGAGAGGGCUGAGGAGUCCGACACUGCUGAUUCCGAUGUCGAUGCUGACGAGGAUGAAGAAGGCGAAGAUGAAGACGAAUGA